GUCACUUUAGAAGUCGUGCACGCUGGAAUUCUAUUUUGACAAGAGAAAAUGGCAUGUACUAUUAAUGAGCCCCCACAAGCCCCAGUGAAAUAUGAAUAUUUGGACCACACAGCUGAUGUGCAAUUGCACGCAUGGGGUGAUUCUUUGAAAGAGGCCUUCGAACAAUGUGGUAUUUCUAUGUUUGGUUAUAUGACAUCAGAUGAGUUAAAAUCUGUUGAAAUAACUCAAUGUCAUGAAAUAGAAGCUCAUGGAGAUGAUUUGGAAGGAUUUAUAUCAUUUCUUGAUGAAUUGUUAUUUUUGUUUAGCGCUGAGCCAUAUUUAAUAUGCAGUAGGUUAGAGAUUUAUGAAUUCGAUGAAGAUGAUUUUACAAUUAAAUGUAGAUGUUAUGGAGAAGAAUUUACGAUUGGAAAGCAUCCACAGGGGACGGAGGUUAAAGCAAUUACAUACUCGGCUAUGCAGAUUAUUAAUGAUCCUGAGCAUAAUCGAUAUGAAUUGUUCGUUAUCAUUGAUAUAUAGU